ACAACUCUAUGGACCCCUAGAAAUAAAAUUUUGAUUAGAGUGUUAAAAUUCUAUUAAUUGGAGAUGUUUAUGUUGGAAAAACUUAGUUGAUUUACAGAUAUUGUGAAAAUAUAUUCUUAAAAACAUAUUUAUCAACAAUCGGUGUAGAUAUCAAAGAAAAAUCAAUUGAUAUCGAAGGGAAGAAAAUACUAAUGAAAAUUUGGGACUCUUCAGGAAAAGAAAGUUUUGAACAAUAUACUUUAUCAGGUUAUAAAGGAGCUAGUGCAAUAAUCCUUGUAUAUUCUAUAAAUGAUAGAAAAUCAUUUAACAAUGUUAUUACUUAUUGGAAAAAUCAAAUUAAGCAAUAUGCAAGUGAAAAUGUAUGUAUAUUACUAAUAGGUUUCUAUUUUAAUUUUAUUCAUAUAUUUUAGGAAAUAAAAUUGAUGUAUCAAAUAGGUAAGUCGCAAGAGAUGAAGGAGAUGCAUUUGCAAGAUAAUUUGGAUUUCUUUUUUAUGAAACUUCAGCAAAGGAAGGUACAAAUGUGACAGAUGCCUUUUAUGCAAUAGUCAAGUAAAUCAUAGAAAAAUAGCCUAUUCUAUCUGCUGAAAAAUAACCUAAUCCCCCC